UCUGUCACUUUCCCUUUGUCCCAUGGAGUUCCUGGGGGCACAACGGUGCUGGUCGAGCUGACCCCCGACAUCCAUAUCUGUGGCAUCUGCAAGCAGCAGUUUAACAACUUGGACGCCUUUGUAGCGCACAAGCAGAGUGGCUGCCAGCUGACCAGCACGACCGGGGCGGCGCCCAGCACCGUCCAGUUCGUUUCCGAGGAAACGGUGCCUGCCACCCAGACACAGACCACCACCAGGACCAUCACCUCGGAGACCCAGACCAUCACAGUUUCCGCUCCAGAAUUUGUGUUUGAGCAUGGCUACCAGACGUAUCUGCCCACGGAAAGCAACGAAAACCAGACGGCCACUGUCAUCUCUCUGCCCGCCAAGUCACGUGCCAAAAAGCCGUCGGCCCCACCUGCUCAGAAGAGGCUCAACUGUUGCUACCCAGGUUGCCAGUUCAAGACUGCCUAUGGCAUGAAGGACAUGGAGCGGCAUUUAAAAAUCCACACAGGAGACAAACCCCACAAGUGUGAGGUCUGUGGCAAGUGCUUCAGCCGGAAGGACAAGCUGAAGACCCACAUGCGGUGCCACACGGGCGUGAAGCCCUACAAGUGCAAGACGUGCGACUACGCCGCCGCCGACAGCAGCAGCCUCAACAAGCACCUGCGGAUCCACUCCGACGAGCGGCCCUUCAAGUGCCAGAUCUGCCCCUACGCCAGCCGCAACUCCAGCCAGCUCACCGUCCACCUCCGGUCCCACACGGGGGACGCCCCCUUCCAGUGCUGGCUCUGUAGCGCCAAGUUCAAAAUCAGCUCGGACUUGAAAAGGCACAUGAUCGUGCACUCGGGGGAGAAGCCGUUCAAGUGCGAGUUCUGCAACGUCCGCUGCACCAUGAAGGGAAACCUCAAGUCCCACAUCCGCAUCAAGCACAGCGGGAAUAGCUUCAAGUGUCCGCACUGCGACUUCCUGGGGGACAGCAAAGCCACCCUGCGGAAGCACAGCCGGCUGCACCAGGCCGAGCACCCCGAGAAGUGCGCCGAGUGCAGCUACUCCUGCUCCAGCAAGGCGGCGCUGCGCAUCCACGAGCGCAUCCACUGCACCGACCGCCCCUUCAAGUGCAAUUACUGCAGCUUCGACACCAAGCAGCCCAGCAACCUGAGCAAGCACAUGAAGAAGUUCCACGCGGACAAGGUCAAGAGCGAGGCCUCGGAGCGGAAGGACACGGGCCGCCAGAGCAGCCGGCAGGUGGCCAGGCUGGACGCCAAGAAGACUUUCCACUGUGACAUCUGCGAAGCCUCCUUCAUGCGGGAGGACUCGCUGCGCAGCCACAAGAGGCAGCACAGUGAGUACAAUGAGAACAAGAACUCGGACGUGACCGUCCUGCAGUUUCAGAUCGACCCCAGCAAGCAGCCCGCCGCCGCGCCCCUCGCGGUGGGGCACCUCCAGGUCCCCCUCCAGCCCAGCCCCGUGCCCCCGUUCAGUGAGGGGAGAGUCAAAAUCAUUGUGGGCCAUCAGGUGCCCCAGACAAACACCAUCGUCCAGGCGGCGGCGGCCGCCGUGAACAUCGUGCCGUCGGCCUUGGUGGCCCAGAACCCAGAGGAGCUGCCCGCCAACAGCCGGCUGCAGAUCCUGCGCCAGGUCAAUCUCAUCGCCCCUCCCCAGCCCUCGGGGUGCCCCAGCGAGGUGGGUGCCAUGACCCAGCCCGCUGUCCUGCUGACCACACAUGACCAGACGGACGGAGCCACUCUGCACCAGACUCUCAUCCCCGCGGCCCCGGGCGGCCCCCAGGAAGGCGCUGGCAACCAGACUUUUAUCACCAGCUCCGGCAUCACCUGCACCGACUUUGAAGGCCUUAACGCUCUGAUUCAGGAGGGCACGGCCGAGGUGACUGUGGUGAGCGAUGGGGGCCAGAACAUCGCCGUGGCCACCACGGCCCCACCGAUAUUCUCCUCCUCCCAGCCGGACUUACCCAAGCAGACUUACUCUAUCAUUCAAGGAGGGGCCCACCCAGCGUUGCUCUGCCCAGCGGAUUCCAUACCAGAUUAAAAAACAAAAGAAGGAAGGGGGAGCUUA